AUGUGGCAAAUUUGGAAAGGUAGAAACGCCCUAAUCUUCAAUGAAGAAAAUUAUGAACCUAGUGAAAUAGUAAACAAAGCACUCUUUGACUACCAUGAAUAUGAAGAUAACUUGCUUACUAAUCAUUUUACUUUGUGUAUAACCGAUUGUCCUAAUGAUAAGAACAUUGUUCUUGUACAAGAUGGUAUUAUUCUAUUCGCAAAUGCUAGCUUACACAAGGAGAGGAAGAUGUCAAGCAUUGGAGUGACAGCGAUGGAUAGCUGCGGUAAAUUGCUUCAAGCCUUUGGUGUCCUAUUUCAAUUUGUUGGGAAGGUCAUCACUGCUGAAGCACUAGCAAUUCGUGAAUCGUUGGAAAAAGCUAUGGAAAAUGGAUGGAUGAGAGUGCAAUUCUUGUCGGAUGCAAAGAACGUGGUGGAUAUGAUACUAAAAAGAAGUAUUGUAUCUUGGGAGAUAGAAACAACCUGCAAGGAUAUUUGGAAAUUGAUGGGUUUUUUGAUUAUGUAG